AUGGCCUCCCCCUCUGCACUCUUUGCCUCGCCUCUCGGCCCAAUGCACCACCAGCCUCCCUCGCAGCAGGCCACGGCCGCGCGCACCCUCCUCGCCUUCCUCCGCCGCGACAAAUCGUCGACGUCCUCCCCCUCGUCCAAGCGCUCGCCGCCGCAACUCGAGUGCACGGUCGAGCGCUCGACCAAGAGCACCUACACCGCGUACCGGGUCGUCGACGAGGCGUCGAGGUCGUCGCCGCCGCCGCCGCCGUACACCGCGGUCGCCGUCGAGGAGGCUCGUGCGCUCGCGCUCGAGGAGGAUCUCGUCGUCCUCGACGACGGCGAGGAGGGCCCGCGUUCGGCGUCGUCGUCGUUCGGUCCGGUCGAGGUCAAGGUCGAGACGAAGCAGGAGCGCAAGGAGCGCGAGAAGCGCGACAAGCAGGAGCGCAAGCGGGCUCAACUCGUCGAGGACGACCGACGCAUCGGCGACGAGCUCGCGAGGCUCGGGUUCUGA